AUGUUUGUCUCGGACGAAUACCUUGUGAAAUGUGUAAUGAAUUGGGAUGAUGCCGAAGCGUAUUGCGUUGCUCGUGGAGAACAUCUCGCCUCUAUACAUAGCCAAUUCGACAAUCGCAAUCUACAAGAGCUGGGCUUGUCCAGUAACUGCAGUACCAUCUGGAUUGGCGGGAGAACUGUAAACUACCAAGGUAUCUGGAGUGAUGGCACACGUUUCGACUACUCUUUCUGGGGAAACGGUUACCCCAACAGUGGAGGCUAUUGGUGUGUCUAUGUGGAUUCGAAUACAGGAUUCUGGAAAUCUGAUUAUUAUUAUCAUUCUGUACCCUGCUUCGCAUGUGAAGUACCUCAGAAAAUGACAGACUGUGCUGACUGGUACAAAGCGGGUUACAAAGACAGCGGAGUAUACAACAUCUCGCUCAAUGGAACUUCGCACAAUGUUUAUUGCAGCAUGGAUAAUGGCGGUGGAUGGACAGUUUUUCAAAAUCGUGUGAACAACAACGAAUCCUUUUGGAAUAGAGCUUGGAAUGACUACAAAAAUGGCUUCAACAAAGCAGGAAUGACUAAUAGUUCCAACUUUUGGUUAGGACUUCAGUUGUUACAUCAGCUGACAGAAAAAGACAAAGAUGUAACACUCAGAGUGGAAAUGAUGGGAGAUCGGACUCCAGGAUCUCCCAAAGCAUUGUCGUCUUGGUCCAAUGAGUACACGAGAUUCAAGGUAGCAGGAAAAUCGUCCAAGUAUCAACUGAAAGACUUGUAUUUGGACAACCAGGAGCAAAUCACCAGUAUGUGGUAA